AUGUCAUCAGAAUCAUCAAUCUCAUACGCUGCAUUGAUCUUAGCUGACGCUGAGCAAGAAAUCACCUCCGACAAAUUGUUGGCCAUCACCAAAGCCGCCGGUGCUCAAGUUGAUUCCAUCUGGGCUGAUGUUUUCGCCAAGGCCUUGGAAGGUAAAGACUUAAAAGAAUUGUUGUUCUCUUUCGCUGCUUCUGCUCCAGCUAGUGGUGCUGCCGCUGGUGGUGCUGCCGCUGGUGCUGCCGAUGCUGGUGCUGCUCCAGCUGAAGAAGCCAAGGAAGAAGAAGAUAAAGAAGAAUCCGAUGAUGAUAUGGGAUUCGGUUUAUUCGAUUAA